GCCUCAAUUAAUUUUCUCCAUAUAGCAGCAAUGGCCGAGGAGCCAAGUGGACUGAGUCGUUGUGUUGUGAACAAAUUAAUUAAAGAAAUACGAGAUCAGAAGUAUGAUGAGAAGGCAAACAAGGUGACAAUUAAGGUGGUGAGCUGCUCGCCGGAGAAGAUCAGGGACAAGUUAUGCCGCAAGGGUUGUGGAUGCAUCAAGAGCAUUGAGAUCCCGCCGCCGCCUCCACCUCCUGAGAAGCCUCCGCAGAAGCCUCCUCCUCCGCCUCCGGAAACGCAUGUGAAUGUAUCUGUAGAUCUGCAAGUCCUAUGCGUUCUGUGUUAUGGGAGAUCCGUUUGGGACAGCUGGUGCGGUUGUGGAGAAACUCAACCAGGCUGCUCAAUCAUGUAAAUACUAAUAAUAAGACUGUGUUUGGUAUCCAGCCAAGUUAAAUCCAAUAAUAAGUAACUGUUGUUUUA